AUGAAGCGAGUAUCUCAUCGGGCAGUACACAUCCUGGCCCUCUGCCUUAUGGCCUGGGUCGUCUUCGCCAGCGGCCAAAACAAGUUUGACGUCCAAGACACCUUCCACGUCAACGUCGCCGGUUCCUUCAGACAAGACACGCCCAGCACAUGCGACUACUGCGACUGCUCUGCAGCCAACGGCUGCUCGUGGGUCGACAAUUCUGCGUGUCCUUCCCUGGGCUUCAACGAGCCCGACGACAACCAACAGAGGUGGGGCGAGUGCAAUCCGAUCUGGGGCGUCACCUGCAACUGCUUCGGUUCUUCGGGCGUGGGCUUCCGCGGAGUCAGCAACGUGACGAUCGUGUCCAACCCCACCGAUGGCGUGGCCACCAAGAUCGGCAGGAUGACCCACUACAACAACCCCAUCGCCGGCUUCUCUCCGACCCAGCUGCGCCUCACUCUGUCCAUGGACGCUCCGGAGCUCAGCCAGCCGUUCUCGAUCAGCUACCCACUCAACUUCAUUGAGACCCCCAACACGGUGCUCGCCAACUGCGACCCGGUCAUCCAGAAGACCAGCGUGCCGUGCGACGACCGCUUCUCGUUCUCCGAUCUGGUCCUCACCGACACGUUCACGAAGGACAACAUCGAGUACACGCUCCAGAUCGUCGGCUUCGUGCAGGACGACAGCACCGACCUCACCCCCAUCAAGGGGUUCGUGACGAGGGAGUCGAACGUGACCUACGCGGACGUCUACGCCAAGAUCGUGACGGCUUGCGUCCAGUCGGAGUGUGGCCCCAAUGAAGUGUUCCAGGCGCCUCCCGUGUGCGGCUGCGUGUGCGCCGUCACCGACGAGCUGUGCCAAGCUCAGCACAAUGGCAACCCCUAUUGGGCGAGCGUGAACGAGACCUGCGGUUGCCAGUGCACGCUGACUGAAGCCGACUGUCCGGCCAACAGCACCUACGACGCUGCCACGUGCAGCUGUGGCUGUCCGCUCACCGACGACCAGUGCAACGUCGUCGACAAGGACUUCGUGGUGUCGCCCGACCCCACCCUCUGCGGGUGCGUGUGCUCGAGCAUGGCCGUCGACGCUUGCCGCAGCCAGGGCCGCUUCUGGAACUCCUCCGUCGAGAGCUGCGACUGCUACUGCUUUGUCACGGACCAGCUGUGCGAGGAUGCCUACGGCAGCGGCUACUCGGCCGACUCGGACGCCUGCGGCUGCGUGCCCGGCGGCGGCGGCCUCGGCGGCGGCGAGAUCGCGGGUAUCGCGGUGGGUGCCGCCGCCGGCGCGCUCCUGCUGGCCUGUCUGUUCGGCGCGCUGGCGGGCCUGCUGGCGUUCCUCAUUAGGCGGGGCAGCAUGCCAGGCAUCUACGGCGUCAAGAUCGACGACCCGGGCUUCGAGGGCGCCUCCCACUCUCCGCUCUACCACGACCCGUGGAAGGGCAACGACAACCUCCUCCGCGGCUAA